AUUUUCCCAAUAAAAAAAAUGAGUUCCGUUCCAACAAAAGAAAGAAAAAGGAGGCGAAAUUGGAAACGCCGCUGCUACGAUCACGGUUGCGCAUCACCACUUGUCUUCUUCACAGAGGUUGUCCUCUCCGUCAAACCAGUCUUGCCCACCACGUUUCUCUACUCCCCCAUUCAACAUUUAACGGAAACAUUUAUUUUCUUUUUUUAAUUUUUCGUUGAAUAUUUUGAAUUGAAUAUCCUGUCGAUCUCUUCUCCCAUCAUCAAUGCUACUAUAUAUAUAUAUAUAUAUAUAAACCCUUCUGUCUGCCUACAGAUUUUAUACUCCCACUCACUCACACUACAAACCCUGACCACUGACAGAAAAUAAAAAAGUAAAGAAAUUCUCGUCCGCCAUUAAAAUUGGUAUAAUGUCUGUUCUUUUCACUCAGUCCCGCUUCUUUUCUUUUCAAAACAUGGGCGGCGAAUUCUUCCUCAACCCGAUUUUCCUGCGUUUCUUCACCGCCUCUCUGCACCUCAUUCUGCUGUUCAUCGUAUUUAUUUCAUGGGUUUUCAAGAAAUUCACGAGGGGUGGUGGUGGUGGUGGGGGUGGGGGUGGUUACCAGAAACACAACGUGCGGCGGCGAACUGGUGUUGUCUUGUGCCGGAAAGCAUCUGCUUUUUCCUGUCUGGGAUUAUCUUUGUUCAAUCUCGCCCUCUGCCUGUUGAACCUCUUUUACUGGUACAGAAAUGGUUGGUCCGAUGAAAAAAUCCUUACUCUGUCUGAUUUGGGGGUGAAGACGCUGUCUUGGUUUACUCUAUAUCUCUUUCUGCAAAUCCAUUUCUUGAAUUCAAACGAACCGAAAUACCCACUUGUUUUGAGGCUCUGGUGGGGGUUUUUCUUUUCGGUUUCUUGCUAUUGCGUUGUAGUAGACUUUAUCUAUUACAAGAAGCACCGGUAUUCGUCGACUCUGUUUUGGUUAUCCGAUAUUGUGUCGUUGGUAAUGGGUGCCAUCUUCUGUUGUAUCGGGUUUCUUGUUGAGAAAGAAGAUGCAGACACCCUUCUUCAAGAACCCCUUUUGAAUGGAACGAACGAUUCUCCGGCGAAAGGGGAAGAAACGGUUACCCCUUACGCGAAUGCCGGUGUUUUGAGUCUGUUUACAUUCUCUUGGAUGGGGCCUUUGAUUUCUCUUGGUCACAAGAAAACGCUGAACCUCGAGGAUGUUCCUCAGCUCGCGUUUUCCGAUACCGUUCGUGGUGCGUAUCCACUUUUGGACGAUAAGCUCGAGUCGUACAAAGGCGGAAGCAACAAAGUCACCACUCUCAUGCUGGCAAAGGGGCUGAUUUUCACCACGUGGAGGGAGAUUGCGCUGUCUGCGUUCUACGUGCUUGUGUACACGUUCGCCUCUUACGUGGGGCCCUACCUCAUCGACACGUUCGUUCAAUACUUGAACGGGCAUAGAGACUUCAACCACGAGGGUUACGUCUUGGUUUCCGUAUUCUUCGUUGCGAAGUUGUUCGAGUGUUUGGCGCAGAGGCAUUGGUUUUUUAAGGUGCAACAAGCUGGAUAUAGAGCACGGGCGGCGUUAGUCGCCAAAAUCUACAACAAGGGUUUGACUCUUUCGGGCCAAUCGAGGCAAGGUCAAACAACGGGAGAGAUUAUAAAUUUCAUGUCGGUCGAUGCCGAGAGAAUCGGCGACUUCGGUUGGUACAUACACGAUCCCUGGAUGGUCAUUCUGCAAGUCGCACUCGCAUUGGCUAUACUGUACAGAGACCUCGGUUUUGCCGCGAUAGCUGCGUUCGCUGCUACUAUUUUGGUGAUGCUUGCAAAUGUUCCGUUGGGUAAACUGCAGGAGAGAUUUCAGGACAAGCUGAUGAAAUCGAAGGAUAAAAGGAUGAAGGCGACUUCCGAGGUUUUGAGGAACAUGCGAAUCCUCAAACUUCAGGCGUGGGAGUUGAAGUUUCUGUCGAAGAUUCUUGAAUUCAGAAACGUCGAGACGGGUUGGUUGAGGAAGUAUCUUUACACUUCGGCAAUCACCACGUUCGUGUUUUGGGGCGCGCCGACUUUCGUUUCGGUGGUGACUUUCGGUGCUUGUAUGAUAAUGGGAAUACCGCUCGAGUCCGGAAAGAUCCUGUCAGCACUUGCCACGUUUAGGAUUCUUCAAGAGCCGAUUUAUAAUCUACCCGACACUAUAUCCAUGAUUGUCCAGACGAAGGUCUCUCUCGAUCGAAUCGCGUCUUUUCUCUCUCUCGAUGACCUGCCGCCAGACGUAGUGGAGAAGCUUCCGGCGAGUGGUUCCGGUGCAGCUGUCGAGGCAGUAGAUGGAAUCUUUUCGUGGGAUCUUGUAUCUCCUAGUCCUACACUUAAAAAUAUUAACUUUAGAGUUACACGUGGCAUGAGGGUUGCGAUUUGUGGCACAGUUGGUUCUGGGAAAUCGAGCUUGCUUUCGUGUAUUUUAGGGGAAAUGCCGAAAGUAUCUGGCGUUAUUAGGCUUUCCGGUACAAAGGCUUACGUUGCUCAAACGCCUUGGGUGCAAAGUGGGAAGAUUGAAGAGAAUAUACUGUUUGGUAAGGAAAUGGAUAGGCAACGGUAUAAUCGAGUACUGGAAGCGUGUUCGUUGAAUAAGGACCUUGAAAUUCUCUCGUUCGGCGAUCAAACUGUUAUUGGGGAGAGGGGAAUAAACUUGAGUGGUGGACAAAAACAGAGGAUUCAGAUUGCACGUGCUUUAUACCAAGAUGCCGAUAUUUAUUUGUUCGAUGAUCCGUUUAGCGCUGUGGAUGCUCAUACAGGAAGUCAUCUUUUUAACGAAUGCAUUCUUGGGCUUUUGGAUUCGAAAACGGUUAUCUAUGUUACACACCAAGUGGAGUUUCUGCCUGCAGCAGACCUGAUUUUGGUUAUGAAAGACGGGGAAAUCAAACAAGCAGGAAAGUACAACGACAUCCUCGAAGCAGGAAGUGACUUCAUGGAACUCGUCGGGGCCCACGAGGAGGCUUUAUCGACCCUCGACUCCAUGAACACCGCUAGCGGUGAGGAAAGCAGCACCUCGAAAUCCGCCAACUCUGCUGUGCAGAAAAACGAAUCUCGUGACGAUGGAAACGAAAAGGCAGACGGAAAUGGAGAGAGAAAGGAGCAGCUUGUUCAAGAAGAGGAGAGAGAGAAAGGAAAUGUCGGACUCUCGGUUUACUGGAAAUACAUAACAACAGCUUACGGAGGAGCUCUUGUGCCGUUUGCUUUGCUGGCACAGGUCCUGUUUCAAGUGCUUCAAAUCGGAAGCAAUUAUUGGAUGGCUUGGGCAACCCCCGUGUCGAAGGACAUGCCGCCACCUGUCAAGGGGUCCACUCUUAUAUUCGUUUAUGUUGCCUUGUCAGUCGGAAGUGCUUUUUGUAUUUUCGGCAGAGCUUUACUUGUUGUGUCGAUCGGUUUCAAGACAGCUAACAUACUGUUCAACAAAAUGCAUAUGUGCAUCUUUCGAGCUCCCAUGUCUUUCUUCGAUUCUACGCCAAGUGGUCGAAUUCUCAGCAGAGCGUCUACAGAUCAAAGUACAGUGGAUCUGAACAUGGCAUCGAUUGUUGGGCUGUUUGCUUUCGCCAUAAUACAGCUUCUCGGAAUUAUUGCAGUCAUGUCUCAAAUUGCGUGGCAGGUCUUUAUUAUUUUUAUUCCGGUCGUCGCCAUUUGCAUUUGGUUGCAGCGAUAUUACAUAGCUGCAGCACGAGAACUUGCCCGGUUAUGUGGGGUGUGCAAAGCACCCGUUAUACAGCUAUUCUCCGAGACGCUGUCAGGAUCGAGCACCAUUAGAAGCUUCGAUCAAGAAUCAAGAUUCCGUGACAUCAGCAUGACGCUAAUCGACGGAUAUUCUCGACCCAAGUUCCACACUUCCGGCGCGAUGGAAUGGCUGUGCAUUCGUUUGGAUGUGCUGUCUCUCGUGACUUUCGCCUUCUCGUUGAUCUUCCUUAUUUCUAUUCCAGAAGGAACAAUCGAUCCAAGUGUUGCUGGAUUAGCUGUGACGUACGGACUCAAUUUAAAUAUGUUACAAUCAUGGGUUGUUUGGAAUCUUUGCACCAUGGAAAAUAGAAUCAUUUCGGUCGAGAGAUUACUUCAAUACACUUCGAUUCCAAACGAACCCCCUCUUGUAGUAGAGUCGAAUAGGCCACGUAGUAACUGGCCUAUACUUGGAGAAGUUCGUAUACAAGAUCUUCAGGUUCAAUAUGGUCCACACAUGCCGUUUGUGCUACGAGGGCUUACGUGUACUUUCUUUGGAGGGAAGAGGACUGGAAUAGUAGGGAGAACCGGAAGUGGAAAAUCGACUCUUAUUCAGACACUUUUCCGAAUUGUUGAACCGACAAUUGGACAGAUAUUAAUCGACGGUGUAAAUAUUUCGUCUAUUGGACUCCAUGAUUUACGGUCAAGAUUAAGCAUAAUCCCACAAGAUCCAACCAUGUUUGAAGGGACUGUUAGAACUAAUCUCGACCCACUCGAAGAACACACAGACGAGCAAAUAUGGGAGGUUCUUGAUAAAUGCCAGCUUGGCGACGAGGUGCGGAGAAAGGCAGGGAAGCUCGAUUCUGCAGUGUCUGAAAAUGGAGAGAAUUGGAGCGUCGGACAAAGGCAGCUCGUUUGUCUGGGACGCGUGCUGUUAAAAAGAAGUCGAGUACUCGUGCUUGACGAAGCAACAGCAUCGGUUGACACUGCGACUGAUAAUUUAAUCCAACAAACACUGAAGAAGCAUUUUACUGAUUCAACUGUGAUAACAAUUGCUCACAGAAUUACUUCUGUAAUCGACAGUGAUAUGGUUUUAGUGUUGGAUAAUGGGCUUGUGAAGGAAUACGAUUCGCCGGAAAAGUUGUUAGAAGACAAGUCGUCUUCGUUUUCGAAGCUGGUAGCAGAAUACAGCAUGAGAUCGAGUUCUAGUUUCGAAAAUCUUUCGAACAAUGCUCGUGUGUAAGAAACAAAACGUCCCUUACGAUGAUGACGAUGAUGAAAACCUGACAAAGAAUAUUCCUAGGGAGCCCAAAACCAUUUUUGAUUCAACGGUUUAGAUCUAAUCUCUUUAAAAUGAACGGUAAUUAAGGGGGCUAUCUGACCUCAACGAGCUUUUGAAGGAUCGGACGCUACAAAAACUGUGGUGAUUCUACCUAGUUUUGUUUUAGUCUGUCUUAUUUUUAUCCUUUAUUUCUCAUCUCAUUAUUAUAAUACAUUAUAUUAUAAAUAAAUAAUCU